AUGAGUAAUAAUUCUCAAGAAAUAGUUUAUAUUUCGAGCUCUGAUUAUAGUGAUGAAGAUGUUUCAGUACCAAAGAUAGAAAAGAUCGUAAAUCAAAGAUUAACAAGUGCAAAAAGACUUCAAUUUUUGGUGAAAAGACAAAAUUGUCCUGAAACAUGGGAAUUAGCUUCAUCACUGACUAAUGAAAGCAAGCACAUUCGUGAAUAUCUGAAUUCUAUACCAGCGCUUAAAAAAAAUGUAGAUACACAAACAGAAAAUGCUACAGUGGUCUCUUCUGAAGAAAUUCUAAUACCUAUUAAUGAUAUCGAUAUUUCAAGCACAAAUGAUACACCAACUUCAAUUUAUCAAGUUUCACAAGGAAAUGUUUACUAUAAAACAGAAAAUGGAACACAAAAAUCACUUUCCAUACAACUGUUUACCGAUAGGUAUCCUUCUUUACUUGCAGAUUUCUUUUACACAAGAUAUAAAGAUGCAGCCCUUAGAAACGGACCAAGAUAA